AUGGACUUCCAAAUACUCUCCGGGACCUACAUCAGACCGUUCCUGGAAUACGCCAACCAAGUUGUCCACUCAGGACGCACGAAAGCCGUCCCCCUCAUUGUGCUUGCCCGGCGAGCCGCUACAAGAAUGGUUGCCGGCCUCAAAUCGCGCUCGCGAUGCUUGAUCACUUAUCCCUGGAGUACCGUCGCCUCCGAGAGGACCUAUUUCUUACUUACGCCUUGUUUUUCACCGUUGACCCAGCAAAUACACGGCGGCGACGUAGUUAGAAAAUUUUCAAGCUCAGAGCACACGCAUUCAUUAGACAAAAUUUUUUCUUAUUUCGGUUGUUGGUUGCGUGAAAUAAGCUCCCUCCGUCUGUUGUCCACGCUCCUUCUAGAAUCCAGUUUAAAGCACUAUUGGACGUUCGCGCUGGCAGGCAUACUGCCCCGAGCUGAGAACAUAAAGAGCAUUGCACGGAACAUAAAGAGCAGUGCUACACCCUUCUUUUACUUGCGCCUUUCAGUUGCACGACAGCCACUGACCGAGAAGAACGAAACCGACCAGGGGAAACUUGAGCAAAUCCUCGAUCUUGUGUAUCAAUCCUCACUGGAGAUGAGGAUUACUAGACUGCGUGAAUUGAGCCGUGGCAGUCCGGUUAUUCGGCUUAACACGGAAAUGUUUGAGUCGUUUGCAAGAUCGAAAGCGCGGAACUACUCGUUGAUAUUGAUGUUAACUGCACAGAAACCACAAAGAGAGUGCCAUGUUUGCAAGGAGGCUGCCGAGGAAUUCAGAAUCGUUGCCAAUUCGUACGCCUACUCGCGACGCGAAGGCGACCUUUAUUUUGGUAUUGUUGACUACGAUGAAGCCCCUGAUGUUUUUGUCCGGCUGAAGGUCAAUACAGCGCCGUCUAUUCUUCAUGUGCAACCCAACAAGGAAAUAGGGCCUGAAGAUUUUAUGGAUGUCCCCACGCUAGGUUACUUGGCCGAAGCUGUUGCAAAGUGGGCGAACCGCCGAACUUCCAUUCAGGUAACGAUCAAAUUCAUGACUUCUAGUGUGGUGAACAUAGAUUCGCAUCGUGCGUCCCCCAAGUUACACGGCAACCAUUCUUAUAGUGCUCUUCAUGACGGAGCGGCAUCACUUUGGUAUCGGCAGGUCAACGUUGACUUUUUGUACAGCCCUUCGCUGUGGUGCAUGCUGUCUUUGACUGUCAUAAUGUGCGGCAUUACCGGCCAGGUAUAUAACCAGAUUCGAGGACCCCCACUCUUCCAUGGUACACACACUGGAGAGAUUCUUGCAUUCAUUUAUCCGGGAUCGGAUUAUCAGUUCGUCGCGGAGACCUUCAUUGUAAUGGCGCUCUACGUUCUGGCUACUGCUGGAAUCAUUAUGAUUCAUCGCGUCGGAGAAACCUGCGACUCGGGAAAGAAAAUGCCACCAGAAACUGCGUUGGUUGGGACAUGUGUUACGUAUGCUGAACCAUUCUUUCCCGUAGAGAGUACUGUUUUCGAUGCCCAAUUGAGAGUGAUGGAAGCCAACCCUCGACCUGGUAGAGGAGUACGAAGGAGAUUACGAGACGCUUGGGUGGUGUCGGUGCUACUCGCCUUCCAGGAUGGGGACCGCGUGGUCCUCACUGCGCCCAGUUUGAGAUGCUUCAAAGUAUGGCUGCCAACCGAUGCCAGUGGCGUUCUUGUUGUUAGUUCCUACCCAGAUUGCCUGAAUGAAUGUUUGAAUGUGCAGGCAUCUCGGAAUGAUUGUACAAAUGUGUACAACAAACCUCAAUUGUUCACAUUCGUAGCGUUAACAACUUCACAGUGCAGUGUCAACGUCCACACAAACAACGGCGAGCGGAAUGAUGUCUCAGUAACGUGGGUUGCGGUCGUUCCUUCCGACGACGGUCUCGUGAUUCUCAUUGGACGUGCGACAAUACGGAACUCAUGA